GUGUGGGGAAGAGAAGAAUCAGAAUGAGUAUGAGGAAGAGCACCUGUGGGACAGAGAGACCUGUUAGUGGUUGUAGAAAUGUUUUUGUUUUGAGCCAUCUGUUGCAUGAGGACAUCAAAUGUCAGGAAUCUCAGCUAUAGAGACAGGAAGGAAGAGGAUCAUAGAACAGACGAUUUGAGGUAGCCAACUGAGUAAAGACGACCAUGCACUCCUGAGUGCACAGCAUCGCUUGUGUUUCCUGCUUCUCCCUGGAUCAUCAUCGGCUCUGUGAUGAACCACACCCCUAGCCCCCACAUGGCCGAGGCCGCUAAGUCCGGGGCGGGCCUGCUCUGUGGCCUGGGCCUGGGGCCGGACAGGGUCCGCUCUCCUGAUAGCCUGACCCACACCCCCAGCCCCACGGGGGGCACCCCCAGCUCCAGCCCUCCCCUGCUGCUCUCUCCUGGCCUGGGCGAGUCUGGGGAUUGGGAGAGCCGUGAGGAGCUGCGUCUGAGGGAGCUGGAGGAGGCCAGGGCGCGAGCUGCCCAGAUGGAGAAGACCAUGCGCUGGUGGUCGGACUGCACGGCCAACUGGAGGGAGAAGUGGAGCAAGGUGCGUUCCGAGAGGAACCGGGCACGGGACGAGGUGCGGCAGCUCCGCCAGAGGCUGGAUGCCCUGACCAAGGAGCUAACAGGCGCACGGCGAGAGCGCCAGGAACUGGCCUCCGAGAACGAGACACUCAGACAGGAAGCACUGCGUCUCCGUGCUGACCAGGCCUCACCUUCCCACGCCCCCUCAGCACCACCCUCCUCCUCCACCCCAUCCUCCUCCUCCUCACAGCCCCUUGUGGACAGCAAUCAGGACAGGGUGGGCGAGGGGCCCGGGUCACCAGAACAGGAACCAGUGAGAGAUGUAGACACAGAGAAACCUGACCGACAAAAGGAGCUGGAGCUGUUGGAGUCAGUGCUGAGGUCCAAGGCGGAGGGUCCAGACUCGUGGGACGCCCGUAGUGCCAGCAGCCUGCGUUCUGCCCUGAGUCGCCAGGACCGCAGCCGGCUGCUCUGGGAUGACAUCACUGCCAUGGAGGAGGACCCCGGCAAGAUCAACGCCCUCCAGCUCCGCCUCGACGAAUCACAGAAGGUCCUGCUCAAGGAACGCGAGGAUAAGCAUGCACUCAGUAAGAGCAUAGAAAAGCUGGAAACAGAGCUAAACCAAUGGAAACUCAAAUAUGAGGAGCAGAACAAGACCAAGCAGGAAGCCAUGAAACAGCUGAACAUGUUGAAGGAGGUACACCAGGAUGAGUUGGGUCGUAUGUCGGAGGACCUGGAGGAUGAGCUGGGAGCACGCACCAGUAUGGACAAGAAACUGGCCGAGCUACGUGCAGAGAUGGAGCGCCUGCAGGUGGAGAACGCUGCUGAGUGGGGCCGGCGGGAGCGUCUGGAGACCGAGAAGCUGUCCCUAGAGAGGGACAACAAGAAGCUGCGUGCGCAGACGGAGGACCUUGAAGAACAGCUGGCCCGUAAACGGCGGCAGGCGGCCAGUGCCCUGGACACUGACCUCAAGACCAUCCAGACUGAGCUGUUUGAGAGGAACAAGGAGUUGGCAGACGUGCGCCACAUCCACGCCAAGGUGAAGAAGCAGUACCAGGACAAGAUGGCCGAGCUGGCCCACGCCAACCGGCGGGUGGAGCAGCACGAGACAGAGGUGAAGAAGCUGAGGCUGAGGGUGGAGGAGCUGAAGAAAGAACUGGGUCAGGCGGAGGACGAGCUGGAUGAGGCCCAUAACCAGACCAGGAAGCUACAGCGGUCUCUGGAUGAGCAGGUGGAACAGUCAGAGAACCUCCAGGUCCAACUGGAACAUCUGCAGUCCCGACUGAGGCGGCAGAAGAACCCGGGCCUGUUUGGGAAGAUGAGGUCAGCUCGGUUCAGCCCGGAGAACCCAGAUGGACUGCCCAGCGACCCAGACGAAGAGGAGGAGGAGCUACAGAUCCAGAUCCCAUGAACAAAGGAAGGACACACAGACAUCCAUCUGAUGGAUAGACAGAUGGACAGACAGACUCUGACUUAGGGCUCUUCAUUUCACACCCGUGUGAGUCCCAUAGACAGACAGACUGAUAGUUGGACAGAUGUGAUCUUGACACCCACUCAUCUCUAUUGACCUGCCUCAUCCUGUUAGAGACAAACACUGGCACAUGGUUGCCAUGGGCAAGGUUGUCAUGGACACCUGUCGCUACCUGUACCUGUGAACUACAGAGCAACCAGCAGGGGUCAAGAGAGAGCCCUCACUACACUGCAACUGACAGCACCCUACACUACCACACUACAGUACAACCCACAGUGCACUACAGUUACAAGCCACCACAGCCAGAGCCUACAGCCCUCUAGUCCUCAACACCUCAAUCAUCACCACUAUCACUCCCAUAUCUACAACACCCUUAGUGAUGAAACACUCUCUCAGUCACACUGCCACCCAUCCUCGGUCUAAAGCUCAUGCCUCCUCUUUCACCCUUUCUUCUCUUUCUCUUUGCAUCCUGAGUUACUUCACCCAGCGAAUGUUGUACAGUAUCCUUCCUGAUGUAUAAAAACACUUGAGAAAGCGGUGUCGACGUAGCUGUGAUGUUCCAGCAGUGUUCCGGUAAUGUUAUGUAAUGCGUUGGAAUUGUAUCAGUAGCUGUACAUACAGUUCAGUACAGGAAGGGUGUUUAGCCCUCAGGUCACUGUGCUAUGGGUGUGUGCUUGGAGCCUGGCACCUGGGAUCAUCGUUAGUUCAUCAGUAUUUUGGGCUCAGCCUCAGACAGCUAAACCCUCCCAGUAUGGGGGACAGGUAGUAUUCUUGGGAGAGACUGGGAUUGGAUAUAAUGGGACAAAAAGGGCCCUUCACCUCUAUGUCCCCUUGUCCCCUCACCAUAACCACUAAGAGACAAGGUGCUUAUGUAGGGGAUCCAUUAGACCUACAGUAUUAACCUCUCGACAUAGUGGGUUGUUCAUUCUGAAAGAAAAGUUUGUGGUCAAUACACACAUCCUUAAAAAACGUAGAUGCUGGGCUGAUGAAGUAUACACUAGAAAAGAACAGAAAGGCCUGCGCACUGCACUGUUUUGAUCCAAAAGGGUCUUCGUCAGGUUAAGAUCUUUGUGGAUUGAAACAUUGUCAAUAAAUGUCAUAAUUGGCAGCAUAUUCAGUGUGCAGGCCUUUCUGUUCUGUUCAUUCUGAAAGCAAUAAGACAUCGGCUAUCACUCCCACUUACUCAUCUGCUACUAUGGGGACCAAGGUAUUUGUAACGAUCAUGAUUUGCAAAUUAUUUAUGUUGUUGUUUUUGAUAAUUGAUCUGUAAACCACAGUGUUUUUGUAUUUAGCUCUAUAAAUGUUAAGUGUACAUUAUA